AUGGACAUGGGGACCAGCGACCAGGAGCUGCUUGCGGCAAAGAAAAAGAAGCGCCUGACGUUCGCGAUUGGUGGUAUCUUGAUGGUGGCCGUGAUAGCGGUCGUCAUCACGCUCGUGGUGGUCCUCUCGGGCAACGAAGGUGGGGCUGAGGAGCCGGGGGUCACCACAGAGGGCCCAACAACGCCCAUAGCGCCGUCGACAACCACGACGACGACGACGACAACGACGACAACCGUACCACCCAUCACGGAACCACCCGCGACGUACCCUAUAGAACUAGAGGAUAUAAUCAAUGGAGUUUUCGCUCCACCAUCCUUCAACGGCACUUGGGCUUCGGGUAACGAAGUGUUGUUUCGAAAUGAAAAUGGAGACUUGGUCUUAUAUAAUGUCAACAGCGAUAGCACGAGAGUUCUUGUUACCAAUUCAUCUCAGGUACUACAACAAUCAUCAAGAGUAAGCGAGCUAUCACCAGAUGGAAGCCAUGUAAUAUUGGCUUACAAUGUCACUUCCGUUUACGCAUACAGCUUUCUCGCUCGUUACGCCGCUAUAAACCUGGUGAGUGGAGUGGUUGUUGAUAUUCGGCCGCCUUUAGUGUCGUCGGAGGAAUCUUUGCUGCAGAACUUUGUUUGGGGCCCGUCUGGCACUUCACUGUCCUUCGUUUACCUCAACAACAUCUACUAUCAGGCCAGCCUUACCAGCCCUCCAUUGCAAAUCACAACCAACGGACAGCUGAACGUUAUUUACAAUGGAAUACCAGAUUGGCUAUAUGGAGAAAAAGUUUUUCUGUCGAACAAUGCGCUGUGGUUCACCCCCGACGGUGGCAAGAUAGCGUACGUGACCUUCAACGACACCAACGUGCGCGUAAUGAAAAUUCCGCACUUUGGAGUGCCCGGCUCGGUGAAUUACCAGUACACUCAGCACCAGGGGAUUCGCUACCCUAAGGCGGGCACAGCCAAUCCAACCGUGUCAGUCACGGUUCGAGAGCUUAGCACAGGGAUCGAGUCUACCUACAACGCACCUAGUGACCUCAACGAGCCGAUUUUGAGGACCGUGAAUAUCAUCAACAACGACACAAUAGGCUUGAUGUGGACUAAUCGUAUUCAAAACACACUUCGCGUUCAACUCUGCACCUUUUCACAAGCCAAUUGUACUCAGAUUUACCAGUACACGGAAGCGAACGGUUGGAUUGGCAACAUCCCUAUUAUGUUCAACGCAGCUGGCAAUUCUUUUGUGACCAUCCUUCCGCAGACUGUAAACAACACUUUGUAUAAGCAAAUAGUUCAAGUUUCCGACGUGAAUGCAAAUCUGUGGACGGGCUCUGGACGCACGAACACACCGCAUACAGUCACAGAAAUUCUACUAUGGGCAGGCGCCGACGUUAUCUGGUACAAAGCGACCCACGUGGACGAUUCUGCCGAGAAACACGUCUACACUGUUAAUGCGGCACGCCAGGUCCGCUGCUUUACAUGUGCCAUUUUACGGGCUGAUGGUGGCAGGUGCUUGUACAACGACGCGACCAUCAGCUCCGACAGCUCGAAGAUUGCCAUCAACUGUGCUGGACCAGACUUGCCCCAGAUCUUCAUAUACGAAUCCAAUGGCACCCUGGUCAAAACUUGGGACGACAAUUCUAACACGGCAGCCCUGUUGGUCAACCGCCGGCUGCCAAGCACCUUGAGGAUGAGCGUCCCCGUUGUCGCUGGACUGCCUGAAGCCGAUGUCCACAUCCAAGUUCCGCACAACUACCAGUCCCAGAGCAAUGUUCCUUUAUUAGUUUUUGUGUACGGAGCGCCUGAAACCGCCCAGGUGACCAAGCAGUGGACCCUUGACUGGGGCACGUCCUUGGUGAACCGGUGGGGCAUUGCGGUUGCUCAUAUAGAUGGCCGUGGUACGGGAUUAAGGGGCGUUGAGAACAUGUUUGCCCUGAAUCGACGAUUGGGCUCGUUGGAGGUCGAUGACCAGAUCACCGUCACCAGGUAUCUUCAACAACAGCUGCCCUGGCUGGACGGGAACCGCACUUGUAUAUGGGGCUGGUCCUACGGUGGCUAUGCGGCAUCGAUGGCUCUGGCGCGAGGCGGAGACGUGUUCCGCUGCGCGGCUGCGGUCGCUCCCGUCGUCGACUGGAGAUACUAUGAUACUAUUUACGCUGAAAGAUACCUGGACACUCCGCAGAAUAAUGCUCAAGCGUAUGCAAAUUCGUCUCUUCUUACUCAAGAAGUUGUCGAGGCAUACCGUAACAAGCGUUACUUCUUGAUCCAUGGGACAGAGGACGAAAGCGUGCACUACCAGCACGCUAUGCUGAUCUCCAGGCUGCUGCAACGCCAGGACGUUUAUUUCACGCAAAUGAGCUACACCGAUGAAGAUAACUUCCUGAGCGGUAUAAAACCACAUCUGUACAAAGCACUAGAGAAGUUCCUACGUGAGAAUAUGUUG